AUGCAUCGCAGCACUUUGCAUCACACCGUCCGUCACAGUCACAAACAACCCUUGGAGACUACCAUCACCCAUCACCCAUCACCCAAAAUUAAAGGCAACCCCAGUACUCCAUCCAUCAGGGGUACAGCCAAGCCCAGCGGUAAAAGAGAGACACGGACAGCAGAGACCCUUGGAGCCACGUCAUGCACAUCUCCUGGUCAUUCCCGCCGUCCCGGAGCAUCGCAAAACGAGUCCAUCGACGCCGGUGAACCAAACACAUAUCCCACAACUUUGCGACAGAACUCUUCUCUUCCCAAAACCCAUGAGGGCCUGUGGUCCACGGUGUCCAUCGUCAACACACCCCGGUCUCACAUUUCCAAGACCUUAGACCCAAGACCCAAGACUCGAGAGCCCAAAUACCCAAAUGACAAGGCCAUCGUCAUCAAAAACCCACAACCCACGUUUUCCUCCCAAGACCAAUAA